UUAACAAACUACAAAAGACAGAAGAAUAAGAACAAUAUAACGUCAACGUCAAGCUUUUUUUAGCCUGCACAAAAGGUUCUAUUCCCAUUGCAAAUCAGCGUACGUCAUAGAACUGCUAGAAAAUGUUGCUUUGCAACGAGACAGGAAGGCGGUCCAGAAACAUAAGCCAAGCUCUCCGUAAAAAGUUGGAAUUCAAGUAAAAUUGUGAUGACUCGUUCGUGACUCGUUUGUAGCCGGGUUUUCGUGAUAACCCGAAGCGCACACGAUGGCAGUUAGAAGGGGUAAAUUCAGAGCGUUUUUGAAGUCUGCUUCAUCCAGCCCAAAGCACGAGGAACAUUCCUUUACCAACUCCGUGGAUGGCGAGAUCAGUGUUGAAAUAUCCGUUGGGCCGAGAGGAGAAAUCAGUAACCCGGAUGUGGAGAUUGCUGGAGGUAAUGACGAACCUUAUAUUCCCGGAAAUCCGGGACUUUUUAUCAUGUGGGUAAAGCCUGGAAGCGAGGCAGAUGGGCUCUUGGGCCCUGGAUGUCAACUAACGAAGAUUGACAACGCUGAUGUACGAAAUGUGUCUCGUCACGUGGCUGAGAACAUGUUCCGGUUUGCUGACAACUUCGCACUGAUACAUGUUAUAUCGCGGAGCACUUUAGACGAGGUUUCUCAGGGCUCUUCAAAAAUGGUAUCGUGGGGGACAUUAAGCUUUGACGAUGACAACAGCGAUUCAGGGAGAGGAACUGAAGUAUCUGAAAAAGAAAUAAAACCCAACUUGGACGAAGACGACAAAGUUAACGUCGAAGUCGCUGUUGGACUAAGAGGACAACUUUUGCCUCUUGACUUCGAAAUAUACGGUGGUCAAGAUGAAAAGUCAAUCGAUGGAAACACAGGAAUCUUUAUCAAAAAAAUAAAAGAAGGUAGCUCACUACAGAGGACAGUUAAAAUCGGAGAUCAUAUUCUAAAGGUUAACAGUUGUGAUGUAACAAAUGUCCCUCAGCACGUUUUCUUUAACAUGUUACGUGCAACGGACAGAGUCGCCAAGAUUCAAAUCAGGAAAAUCCCCGUGCUAAAGGUUGGUUCAAGAAUGUUCUAUUUAGCUCCCACAACCGUCCGGUCUGAGGUUUGAACUGAAUCCCGAGCAGCUAUAUCCUCGGACUACUGUAGACGGGCUGUAAAAACAGUAUCUUACAUGGCACUUACUAAAGACAAUGAAGAGAUUUCAAAUACUUGUGAAAUGUUCGUGGCUAGUCUGACGCGGCGU